GUGUAGCUGCCGAGCCUUCUCCCACCCUCUCCAGCUCGUUGCGCACCCGUCGUUGUAUGGUGAUGCGUCGCCAUGGCAUUCGCACGAAAUGCGAUACGCGUCAGCGCCAAGCGGAUGGUGCCGAUUGCCGCCCCCUUAGCCUCUUCCGUCCUCCCGUCGGGCUAGACAGGGAAACUCGCAGCCAUGGAUGCUUGGGAGGCUUGCGACAGCGCCGAAGGACACUUUCACUGUCUCCGUGAGCAGUCUAUCUUUUCUCUAUCCCUGAGUUUCAUAUUCUGGACGCAGAUGCAUACUUCAACGGUAUUGCAAUAACUUUUCAGCGCUUCGUACGCGACUUUACACUCUUUUGCAACCCCCAAUACAUGCCCACCAUGGCAAUCCGCCCGCUCAAUUCGAGCCUCAUCUUCGACAGACGCGUUAUCCUCGCCCUCACAGCGGCUGUCGUCCUCGCCUUCACAUUGGCCUUCCUCUACUCGCCCGACCUACGGCCCAGCUCUGAAUGGUUACCACCUCUCAGCUCGAAACCUACCUCUACCUUCUCCGCGCCGCUGAAGAACAGCGAAGAUCCCAAUAUCGUCGAGCUAGACUACCUAGCCAUCAAGCCAAACGUCUCGGACAAGGUUAGGUUCUAUUGGAACAUACCGUAUGCCGCAGACGCAGGCGGCCAGAACAGGUUUCGCGGACCACAACCGGUGAACAGGACAUAUGGCGUUGGUCGAGGCGAGAAGCCUCUGGUGUGGGAUGGAUCAUUGGGCAUGUGCCCAAGAAUUCAGAAGAUUGAUCCAACUCAGAGGAACAGGGAAGAUAUCUCAGGACCGGACGUUCUGGGUAUCAAGACUCGUUCCACUGAGGAUUGUCUGAGCUUGAACGUCUUCACGCCAAUUGAUGCUGAGCCAGGCGACGACCUACCAGUGUUGGUCAACAUCCCCGGUGGUGGGUUCCAUCUCCCAGGACGGAGCAAUGGAGGCGAGAUGGUAGAGAAGGCGCGUCGUGAAAAGGGCGUGGACGGCAAACUCGACAAGGGCAUCGUUGUAGUCACCAUGUACUACCGCAACGGCAUCUACGGUUUCCUCUCUGGCAAAGAGAUUGCAAAGGACGGCGACUACAACAACGCGCUUCGCGACCAGAGAGCGGCGCUGGAGUGGGUCCAGAAGUAUAUCAGGUACUUUGGAGGCAACCCAGACCAUGUAGUCAUCAUGGGCACAAGCGCUGGCGGCGCGUCCGUGAUGCUGCAAUUAACAGCCAAUGAGGGCGACAACUACCACCCUGUUCCGGGCGUCGGUCGCAAGCAGCUUUUCCAUGGCGCCAUCGCCCAGUCUCCUGCGAGCCCAACAUUCUUCACCCCCGAUCAAGCUGAGAAGUUCUACAACGAGGUCGCAGAUGGAUUGAACUGCACAGACAUCGCUUGCGUGCGCAACGCAGCGACAGGCGAUCUCUACUACGAGAACUACCCCAUGAACUUUCCCGGCCGCGACACUCCCCCACGCUGGAUGUGGGCCCCAACCACCGAGCCCGCCGGCGGCAUGUUCACAGCGCCCGCCCCAGCAGCCAUAAUGGCAGACCGCUACGCAAAAGUCCCCACCAUCAUCGGCUUCACCUCGAACGAAGGCUCCGACCAAGUCAAGAAAACAACAGACAACGAAGGCGAAUUUAAAUCCUAUCUUAAAGAUCACUACCCUCUCCUCACCGACGAAGACCUCUCCACCCUCGUAAAAACCUAUCCCAACGACCGCCACUGGCCCGACAGCGGCGCCUGGUGGGACGCCGUCGCCAAAGCCCAAGGCGACAUCCGCUACAUCUGCCCAACCUACCUCGCCUCCAACGCCAUGUCGCUGCACAACCCGCCCUCCGUACCCACCUACCAAUACCAAUGGGACGUAAUGUGGGGGCCCGACAUAGAGAACGGCUACGGCACCAAGCACGCCGGCACAGUCGGGCAAGUCAUGGUGCGCCGCCAAAACGAGAUUUCGGAUUACUUCAUCAGCUUCAUCAAGUUUCUUGAUCCGAACCGCGAACAUGAUGUUAUUCCAAGGGAGAAUGUAAAGAUUGCCAAGUGGGAGCCAUUGGAUAGUACGGGGAAGCGCAUGUUCUUUACGAAUAUCAAGGAAGGGGGGCAGAGGGGGGAUGGGCAGAAUAUGUAUGGCAAGAUGCGCACGGAGAUGAGGGGGAGGGAUGAUGAGAGGGAGAGGAAUUGUGGGGUUAUUAGGGGGAUGUUUAGGAGGUUGCAGUUUGAGGGGGUGGAGGCACUGAAGUUGGAUUGAGGGGGUUGGGGUUGAGGCGUGGUUGUCUUGCAUUUGAAGGGUUUGGGAUUUGCAUUUGCGAUAUAGAUUCUUUUUCGUUUCGGUUUAUGUUGUAUGAAUACCAUAUCUUUUGCAUGUUCAAUAUCCAUUUCGAAAUGGGAUCAUA